AUGGUGCAGUACAGAGAGGUGCAGUACAGUCAGAGAGGUGAGGACAGAGAGGUGCAGUACAGAGAGGUGCAGUACAGAGAGGUGCAGUACAGUACAGAGGUGCAGUACAGAGAGGUGCAGUACAGAGAGGUGCAGUACAGAGAGGUUGCGUUCCACUGCAACCGCUGCCGCAUGAUCGGAGGAAGGGCCGUACGCGCUCUCCAGCUCCUGUAA